CAUUUCUGAUUUCUACCAUGCUAACAUGGACUGCAUGAGAAAAUUGCCGGCUUGGUUAGAUACUUAGAAGUUAGAUGUAAAUGUGGAGUAAUUAAUAAGAAUUAAUUAAUAAUUAAAGACAAUAUAUUUGCACAAAAAAAAAAAAGGCACACACCUUGCAAAUAUUGAUUAGAUUAAAAAACUUUGACUUGAUUUAAAUUGAUAUUGUUGAUAGACAAUUGUUGAGUAAAAAUGUCGUGGUUUUUGGGUUCACGUUAUAAACCACAAACUCCUGAGGAUUUUUCAUCAAUUUUAAAUGAAUCAAUGAAUCAAAAUGACACCAAAGAUUCUGAUUCUGCUAAAAAUGUCAAUGCAACUGUUGGAUUUAAUGCAGAAGCAUUUAUACGUGCAGCAGAAGCUGUUAAAAAAAUUGAACAAUCACCUCAUGCAAAGGAACUUUUGGAAAUAACAAAAUUACAAGAAAUAACAAAACAACAUGAAGCAGCAAAUCUUGUUAAAGAUAUGGAAGUACGAAUUGAACAAGCUAAAGCAGAAGGUAAAAGAAUUGAAGGUGAAGAAAGAAGAAAAAUACUUGCAGAAGAAGCUAGAAUUAAAAAAGAUAAUUCACAAUAUCAAGAUCAAUUAACAAGAAAACGUUAUCAAGAUCAAUUAGCUGCACAACAAAAAUCAAAUGAAGAAAUAAUGAAACAACAAGAAGCAUCUAUUGCUAAACAAGAAGCAUUAAGAAAAUCAACAAUGGAAUAUCAAGCUGAAUUACAACGUAAAAAUGAUGAACAAAAAAUGCAAGCAAAAUAUAUAGCUAAAGCUAAAGUUGAAAGAGAAAAUAAAGAUUUAAUGUUAGAAAAAAUAAGUUUAAAAGCUGCUGAACAUAGAACAACAGUUAUGGAAUCAAUAAAAACAACUGGUGCUAUUAUUGGUACUGGUAUGACAUCAUUAUUACAAGAUUGGGAUAAAAUAUUAGCUGCUGCUGGUGGUUUAUCAUUAGUUGCACUUGGUGUAUAUGCUGCAAAAGGUUCAACAGGUAUUACAGCAAGAUAUAUUGAAGCAAGAUUAGGUAAACCAUCAUUGGUACGUGAAACAUCACGUUUUUCAGCUCUUGAUAUAAUUCGUAAUCCAAUAAAAACAGUUAAAAAAUUACGUGAAAAAUCAGGUGAUGCAUUAAGUGGUGUUGUAUUAUCACCAAAACUUGAAGAAAAACUUCGUGAUAUUGCAAUUGCAACUAAAAAUACAAAACAUAAUUAUGGAAUGUUUAGAAAUAUAUUAAUGUAUGGUCCACCAGGUACUGGUAAAACAAUGUUUGCUAAAAAACUUGCUCAACAUUCUGGUAUGGAUUAUGCAAUAUUAACUGGUGGUGAUUUAACACCAUUAGGACGUGAUGGUGUUACAGCAAUACAUAAAGUAUUUGAUUGGUCAUCAACAUCAAGAAAAGGUUUAUUAUUAUUUAUUGAUGAAGCUGAUGCAUUUUUAAGAAAACGUUCUAGUGAACAUAUAUCAGAAGAUCUUAGAGCAAUGCUUAAUGCAUUUUUAUAUAGAACUGGUGAACAAAGUAAUAAAUUUAUGCUUGUACUUGCAUCAAAUACACCAGAACAAUUUGAUUGGGCUGUUAAUGAUCGUCUUGAUGAAAUGGUACAAUUUGAAUUACCUGGUCUUCAAGAAAGAGAACGUCUUAUUAGAUUAUAUUUUGAGAAAUUUGUUCUUAAACCAGCAACUGAAGGACAUAAAAGGCUUAAAGUUGAUCAAUUUGAUUAUAGUGCUCUUUGUAGUAAAAUGGCAUCAAUGACUGAAGGUAUGUCUGGAAGAGAAUUAUCAAAACUUGGUGUUGCUUGGCAAGCAGCUGCAUAUGCUUCAGCAGAUGGUGUUCUUACUGAACAAAUGGUUAUGGAAAAAUGUAACGAUGCUGUUAAACAACACAAACAAAAGGUUCAAUGGCAAAGUGAACAAGAAAGACAAGAAUCGAAAUCAAUGGAAGUCUAAAGUUCAAGCUGAAUUAAUUAUUAAUUUUAACUAUGUAACAUAUGGAAUAAUAAAAAAUUAAGAUUUUAAAAAUAAUAUAAUACAAAA